AGUGAACGCCUGAGUUGUUCUCGCGGUAGCACAUUUGCUCCACCGGAGGCGACAUCUAGUGAGGAGAUGGCGACCAGAGGGGGGUUUCAGUCGGCACCGACUGGUGGUGGUGGAGCUGUCGGACCUGGACAACCAGUACCCGGUGCUGGACCAGGCAUGGGGCCCGGGACUCCCACUGGAAGAAUGGGACCAUCGUCGGGCGGUCAGAACCAUAUGUACCGCUCUCCAAUGCCUGGGCCUGGGUACCCGAGACCAGGCAUGCCCCCGUCCAGCCGUAUGACCCCGCAGGGACCAGCCAUGGGCCCCCCAGGAUAUGGCAACAGCCCUGUGUCUCGGCCUGGGAUGCCCGGAGUUAUGGACCCAUCCCGAAAGAGGCCGGCCCCCCAACAGAUUCAGCAGGUUCAGCAGCAACAGAACCGCAACCAACACACAAAGAAGAAGAAGAUGGCAGAUAAAAUUCUACCUCAGCGGAUCAGGGAACUGGUCCCAGAGUCUCAGGCUUACAUGGAUCUAUUGGCUUUUGAGAGAAAGCUGGAUCAGACCAUUAUGCGCAAGAGACUGGACAUCCAGGAGGCCCUCAAGAGGCCCAUUAAGCAAAAGAGGAAACUUCGGAUCUUUAUAUCCAACACCUUCAAUCCCGCAAAGCCUGACGCUGAAGACGGUGAGGGCACCGUGGCCUCAUGGGAGCUGCGUGUUGAAGGCCGUCUGCUGGAAGAUACGGCUGUCUCCAAGUAUGAAGCCACCAAGCAGAAGAGGAAGUUCUCGUCUUUCUUCAAGUCUUUAGUGAUUGAAUUGGACAAAGACUUGUAUGGUCCAGAUAAUCAUCUGGUAGAAUGGCAUAGGACUGCUACCACCCAGGAGACCGAUGGUUUCCAGGUGAAGAGGCCCGGUGAUGUGAGCGUUCGCUGCACCGUCCUGCUCAUGCUCGAUUACCAGCCCCCCCAGUUUAAGCUGGACCCUCGACUGGCCCGGAUGCUGGGUAUUCAUACACAGACCAGACCGGUCAUCAUCCAGGCUCUGUGGCAGUAUGUCAAGACCCACAAACUCCAGGACCCACAUGAGCGAGAGUUCAUAAACUGUGACAAAUAUCUGCACCAGAUUUUUGAGACUCAGCGAAUGAAGUUUUCUGAAAUCCCACAACGCCUGCAUGCGCUGCUCAUGCCCCCAGAACCAAUUAUCAUCAAUCAUGUGAUCAGUGUGGACCCUAAUGACCAAAAGAAGACUGCAUGCUAUGACAUUGACGUGGAGGUGGAUGACACGUUGAAGACUCAGAUGAACUCCUUCCUGCUGUCCACAGCCAGUCAGCAGGAAAUUGCAGGACUGGAUAACAAGAUUCAUGAAACCAUAGAGACCAUCAACCAGCUGAAAACCCAGAGGGAGUUCAUGCUGAGUUUUGCCAGAGAUCCUCAGGGCUUUAUCAACGACUGGCUUCAGUCCCAGUGUAGAGACCUCAAAACCAUGACCGAUGUGGUUGGAAACCCUGAAGAGGAGCGGAGGGCAGAGUUUUACUACCAGCCGUGGGCUCAGGAGGCUGUCUGCCGCUACUUUUACUCAAAGGUGCAGCAGAGACGACAGGAGCUGGAGCAGGCGCUCGGCAUCAGGAACACCUGAAGACCACAUGAAGCAGACGAAGACUUCUUGCUUCUUUUGGAGACAACUGCUCUGUGUGUGGGGGGAUAUUUAGACUAAAUUUUUUUUUUUUUUUUUUUUUUGCAAAAGCCUUGAAAGGCUUAGAUACUAGAUUAUUGCAUUGUUAAAUAGAAUGCCAGUUUUUGUUGUUUUCACACUGCAGCUUCAUGUCUUUUUGUUCCUCACUUCACCUCCUUCAAAUAUUUUUUUUCUUUUUUUGUUGUACCAUUCCUUCCAUUUGAAAACAGUUUCAGUACAAAAGUACACAAUUCUAAAGCUGAAGGCAGACUGUACUGGUAAACUGUACUCCCCCUAAAGAAAAGAUGUAUGGAUUGUAUUCUGCUCCUUUGUGUCCCACCCUAAGUAAAAACAGAAAGACGUACGUCUUUUGACGAGCCUUAACAUCCUCGCCUACCUGAGUAACUAUUGAUUGUUAUUGUGUUUGUGAUCAGUCGUGCUACUUCGCUGCAUAUUGAUUGUUCCUGUGUCAUAUUUGCUUUCAGUCGUCACUGGUUUGCUUUGUCAUUGAGGUGAGAGUCACUUUAAAGCUAAACCAGUCUCAGCAGAAAUCAGCACUGUGGCUGUUUGGAUAUCCUUUGUUACAUUCUCCUUUGGUAUGAAGGUUUUAUUAUUUUUUUCUUCUUGUACUAAUAACGAUCCUUGUUUUAGACUUGUAUAAUAUAUCACAUGUUAGAUAGUUCAGGUUAUAAUAGAAAUAGCUAGUAUGAUUACCUCUAGUCUAAAUAGUUUUGUAAAUACAGAGCAGAAUAAACUGCUGAAUAAUGUGGCUGAAGUCUACAUUCAACAAGUGGAAACAGUAUUUAAAAGAAUUGCAGACCAUCUGCAUAAGCUUGUUCGCCCUUCAAGACUUCAAACCUUUGAGUUGGACGUCUUCAAGUGCAGAAAAAGCCAUAAAGUGGUGAGGUGCUCUGAAGAUGGUCCGUUUUAAGCUUGAUGAUCAUUGUUGGAAAUGGGAAGAUUUGACUGACAUGUUUCUUUAACCAUUGACAAGAAUACACUAAUGAGUGAUUGGGCCGCACACAAGUGGAAUGGUUUGUUUGAGUACUUGUGGGAUGUAAACCAACACUGGGUGGACUGUAAAAAAUUUUGUGAAUCUGCAGACUUUUUCAUGGACCAAACCUAUUUUUCUGUAUGUUCCUAUGUUAUAGUAAAGGAUAUGUAUAAAAUUA